AAGGAAAUCAAUGUAUACGACACAAAUGCCCAAAAUAUCAAAACUAUUCAAGAUUCAAGCCAAGAUGCAAAUUGGACAUGACAAUCAAAUUGGAUAUUUAGAGACAGAAAGAAAAUUCAAAGGAAUGUAUAGACCCAAACCCAAACCCAAACCUGCGUCCAAUCUGAUUCAGAUUGAGACCUCAAAUUAAUUCCCACACUCAGCCGCUUCCCUCCUCCCCUUUCUCUUUCUGCACGCACCAUAUUCUGCUCUUUCUCUCUUUAAUAAAGAAAAUUAAAUUAAAGCGUAUGUUCUUCUUCCUCUCAGCAUAUUUAUCCCAAAGACCAUUAGUAAUGGGUAAGAAAAAGCAAAAGAUUGUGCUACCGCCGGAGCUGCCACCUGAAAUUCCUGAUGAGGCAGUUGAAGUAUCAGAUGAGGACGUGGCUUUCGUUGCGAAAAAUCGAGAAUAUACUGGCUUCUUGUCCAAUCUGGAUACUAAGUCAAUUAAUAAGCAUGUUACUCGUGUUGCUGAUGUGAAAGAAGAUGAUCUCGAGUCUCUGUAUGAAAAACGAAUAAGGAAGAGGUCACUUGAUAAAGAAGCAGAGGAACAGGGGCUAGAGGUGGAUCCUGUGGAUGCUCUUCCUGUGAAAACAUUGGAUGGAAAACUUUAUUACCGGACAGUGCCAAAGGCUACACAAAAAUCAGAUAAAGAUGAAGCUAAUGCUGACAAAGUUGGUGGUACUGAUGCAAGUGUGGUGAGGUUGACUAAAGCAGAGAAGCGGGCAAAAUUGAAGAAAAUGAGGAAAGAGGCAAAGAAACAGGCAAAAGAGGGGGCCGAAGUAGAGGAAAUUGAGAAAAUACCUCAAGCUGAAGUCUUGGACGAGGUGAGAAAAGAUAUGACAGCAGAAGAGGACAAUGAAAAAAAGAAGUUUAGACUAGCUGAGCUGGGAACUGCACUGCUUACAGAUCCUGAAUUAAACAUCAAAUCACUCAAGGAGAUGCUGGAGAUUUCUAAAGAUGGUGAUCAUGAUAUAGUGGUACUUGCCCUUAAGUCUUUGUUGGCUGUUUUCAGAGAUAUCAUUCCUGGGUAUCGCAUCCGGCUGCCAACUGAAAAGGAGCAGGAGAUGAAAGUUUCAAAGGCUAUUAAGAAAAUGCGGUUCUAUGAAUCUACCCUCUUAUCUGCAUAUAAGGCUUAUAUACAGAAGCUGAUAGCUCUAGAAAAGCAGGCUGUAUACAAACGAGUCGCAGUUCGCUGCAUUUGUACUUUACUCGAGGCAGUUCCACACUUCAAUUUCCGAGAAAGUUUGUUAGCUGCUGUCAUAAGAAACAUAAGCUCUGAGGAUGAUGUAUCGAGGAAACUUUGCUGUUCUACUGUUAAGUCACUAUUCACCAAUGAGGGGAAGCAUGGUGGUGAGGCAACUGUGGAGGCUGUUCAAAUGAUCGCAGACCUUGUUAAAGAUCAUGAUUGUCAACUACAUCCUGAUUCCAUUGAGGUGUUUAUGUCUCUGACAUUUGAUGAGGAUCUUGGGAAGCGUGAAAAGCGAGAUGCUGAUAAUAAAUUUAAAAGCAAAAAUUCUAAAAGGAAGAACCUUAAGGAGCUGAAAGAAUCAGCUGCAAAUGAGAAAAAGAAAGCACGGAAAGAGAUGAUGUCAAAGACACGAGAAGAGGUUACUGCAGAAUUGAAGGCUGCUUCAUUAACUACCGAUGUCACUGAAAGGAGAAGGAUGCAGUCUGAUGUAUUAUCAGCUGUCUUUCAGACGUUCUUUCGUGUCCUAAAGCAUGCAUUAAGGCCUCGAUCAAAAGCAGGUUCUUCACCUCAGGCACCUGGAAGUCAUCCACUUCUUGCUCCUUGUCUUAAUGGAAUUGGGAAAUUUUGCCAACUCAUCGACUUAGAUUUCAUGUCCGAUCUUAUGAAUUAUCUGAGGAAGCUUGCCGGAAGUGGCAACAACUCUGGUGAUUCUUCCAUGGUUGGUUCAGCAUGUCUGACAGUAUCUGAAAGGCUCCAGUGUUGCAUUGCUGCUUUCAAAGUGAUGAGAAACAACUUGGACGCACUGAAUGUAGAUCUUCAGGAUUUCUUUGUCCAACUUUACAAUCUGAUAAUUGAGUAUAGGCCAGGAAGGUAA